GUGAUCGUCCGCUUUGAUGGUGGUCGUAGAGAGUUUCUCUCUGAGAAGCGCAUCCUCAGCGCAAUGUCUAGCUACUUCAAGCGCGCAUUCUCGGGCAACUUUUCUGUCGCAACCUCCGAUGUGAUCGACCUGGGCGACGAAGACAACGCCAAGCGCAUCUGCGCCAUGCUUUGCUUCAUCCACGGAACCCCCUACACCAGACUCCAUCAGCGCAAUGCCGUCGGCCACAACCUUGACUUCCACAUUGAUCUCUACCUCCUCGGCGAACAGUUUGACAUCCGUACUCUUCGUUACGCUGCUGCCACUACCUUCUUCAAGGAGGCAGUCUUCUUCAUCGACACUCCUUGGUUCCCUAUGGCUGUCCAGAGGGUCAUUGGACCUGAUGCUCCCGUCAUGGCUGACCAGUAUCUCGUUGAGGUCACCGUCAAGAUCUGCAUCGAGCACAUCGAGAAACUGAUCACUAACGAGCGCUUUGUUGAGAUGGCUCAUGCUGGUGAGCUC